AUGAUUUUAUACCGUCAACCCAGGAAAGUGAAGUCUAAAUUUCUACCGGACGUGACUUCUACCCGCAGAAAGUUCAAAAAGUCCAGUUUUAAAUCUCAAGUGCCUGGAAAGGUCACAGAAAACCAAAUUGUCGCCCGGCUAGUGAGGAGGGAAAAGACUGAAGAACUUUCAAGUUGCGCAAACGCAGGAGCGAGCAGGGAAGGAACUUGUACCAAAGGCGCACAAGAACCUGAAUUUAACCUUAAACUUGAAAGGACCCUGGAUUCUGAAGAUAUGGAGGCGGCAGCAACUCGACUCCUUUCCACCCGUCCGGCAGACGCAUACGAAAAGUCGGUGGUCGAACGCGCCUUUCCCACUGAGAAAUCCCUGAAGGUGCAGAAUUUAGAAUUAAGCGUUGAGAGGGACAUGACGUUUUCACGAGGAAUAGCUUUCUGUCAGUACCUAAUUGAGAAUAGCGCAGAAUUAUCACGAACAUGGAGGAAAUGGCAAGCUCAACCUGGGCCUAAAAAUCAGUGCCACCUGUUUAACGAGAACGAAUUCAAAAAUAUUAAGGAACUGGAUCGUUAUCUCUCUUCAAUAAUUCAGGGUCAGGAUGAAGGCUUUACGCCAGAGGAUGUAGAAAUCAUGAGAGCCAUUCAUUCCGGAGGUUACCUACUAGACCUCAGUGGUUGUAUCUUGUCAAGCCUGCCGGACAAAAGGCUUCUCCUUGAGGCACUUUACGAGCUCAAUCUGUCCAACAAUAACUUCAAAGGCAAUGACUUAAAAUACAUCCCAUUCGGCUUGCUGGAGCUACUUACCGAACAGGUAUUGCAAGUUAACCUGGACUACAAUCCUAUGCAUUGCCUCCUGCCUAUGGAAGAACUUGCACUGCUCAACAGCUCAAAAGCAUUUUUGAAAAAUGCUGACGACAGGCUGACUGGUCAAUACUCGGAGCAAGCGAUGGAUAAUACGUUGAGCAGUGCUGCGUGCUGUUCUUGGUGCAAGCUGAGCUACUCAGCCGAGUUUCAACGUGAUUUCCGCUACUGUCCGCAGCUUGCUUCCCACGAAAGAAUUCCAGUGAUGGCCUACUGCUGCAGUUCUCCAAAGUGCCAGAAAAUGCUUUCAGAAUACACAGCAAAGAACCCCUGA